CAUCUUCAGCCGUGCCUGCCGUCAUCCAAUUCGCUGCCUUCUAAUUCCGUCCCUAGGCGACCCCUUCCUUCCUUCCUUCCUUCCUUCCUUCCUUCCUCCGAGUUUCCAUUGUUAUCCGUGACUUCUUCUCUUGUCCUUCAUGUAAGAAUACGUAUCACUGAAUGCCUCCCGACUUUCUCCUUCUCUUGCGCACCAGUAUUUUCCUCUCUGCCUCGUCAGCCCUGUCUGUUUUCAUCGACUACCCCUUGCAUGAAUCCCACCUCGAGGUUUCACUCUCGCCAACAAUUACCUUGCAACAAGAGCACCAUUGGCGACACUGCUCCCCAAGACGACGACGACGACGACGACAACAACGACUGCUUACCGUAACUCCCCGGACCAGCAUCGGCCUUCAUCUGUCCCUAGCUCAAGGUAAUCAGGUAAGGCCUCGACGAUGGUGUCAAUCAGGUUGGAUCACGUUGGGCUAUUUUCGCUUGUCACUCUCUUGCGCCCGUCGUUUUGCCCGUGCCUCUUCCCCUGGUCUUUUGAGGCCACCGAGGGAGGAUUCAUCAUCUAUUACCACUCCUCCGUACUCAGUCCAACCUCAAACAUACGCAACCAAGUUCAGCUACACUCGGGCGCCGACAAGUCAACGAAAUGGAAACUUUGCCAUUGCUCGUCUCACAAACUCCGUACGACUGUAAGAGUUCAUAGGAACAAGGGCAUAGAGUCUUACCUGCAACCCCAGACCACUCUACAGUUCCAUAGCAGCACUCGCUCGUCAGCAUCUCGUUCUCGGAGCCGACCCCGACGGACCUCGUUGAUCCUCCAUCUCUGCGCUCACGCCUCCCUGGCAACGAGGCGUAAAUCUUCUGCCUGCCUGUCACUUCCCCACCCACCUUGAAUAC